CGUGACCGUUUUCGCGAGUGACGCACAAUUUGUGCUCGCACACACGGCGGGGUGUCGGUGCGGCGCGUGGGCAGGUGAGGGGUCUCGGAGCCGGCGGAAUACUCAUUGAAUCAGUAGCAUGCUGGCAGCAAGAUUAGUGUGUCUACGGACACUGCCAUGCCGGAGUCUCCGUCCUGCAUUUUCACGGGUCUUCCCAACUUUGAGGAAUUCCAGCAUAAAAGCAAAUCAAUGGACCCUGCAACCUAACCAGGGGUAUGCCUCCAAAGCAAAAAUGGGAGUUCGGCGAGGAAGAACUGAUCAAGAAAUUAAAAAAGCAGCUUUUGAGCCAGCAAUGGAAACUGCAUUUAAAGUUGACCAGAUGGGAAGAUGGAUUGUUGCUGGAGGGGCUGCUGUUGGUCUUGGAGCUCUGUGUUAUUAUGGAAUGGGAAUGUCCAAUGAGAUUGGAGCCAUUGAAAAAGCUGUUAUUUGGCCUCAGUAUGUGAAAGACCGAAUCCGUUCUACCUACAUGUAUUUUGCAGGAAGUGUUGGUUUGACAGCACUGUCUGCUGUAGCAGUCAGUAGAUCGCCUGCACUCAUGAGCCUUAUGAUGAGGGGUUCUUGGCUGGCAAUUGGUGCAACUUUUGCAGCUAUGAUUGGUGCUGGGAUACUGGUUAGGUCAAUAUCCUAUGAAGGUAAUCCUGGUGCUAAACACCUUGCCUGGAUGCUUCAUGCAGGAGUCAUGGGUGCGGUGGUGGCUCCAUUGACCUUGUUGGGUGGUCCUCUGCUAAUCAGAGCUGGUUGGUACACAGAAGAUACUGUGGCCAUGUGCGCACCAAGUGAAAAGUUUCUGAACAUGGGAGGACCACUUGGAGUAGGCCUGGGCCUUGUUUUGGCUUCUUCAGUUGGAUCUAUGUUCCUGCCUCCUACAUCUGCAUUUGGAGCAGGGCUGUAUUCUGUAGCAGUUUAUGGUGGAUUGAUCCUGUUUGGCAUGUUCCUUCUGUAUGACACACAAAAAGUUAUCAAACGUGCAGAGACACACCCAGUUUCAGUAUAUGGAGUGGCAAAAUAUGACCCCAUUAACUCGUGUAUGGGUAUCUACAUGGAUACACUUAACAUCUUUAUCCGGGUGGCCACCAUGCUUGGCAUUGGUGGGAGUAACAGGAGGAAAUGAAUUGAGAUUUUUCUUUUCAACCAUCUGAUAUUUCACCAAACUCUGUCUGCUUAGAGAGUAUGCCUAGUAAAAGUUAAUCUGGUGUACAAGCAGCUGUCAUGUAGACAUCAAAAGUUUUACGCACUUCAAUAUUAUUAUUAAAGUGUUUCUGUACAACAUGA